AUGGCGCUCAGACCGUUCGUUACCGUGCAUGCCGGCGCCGGUUUUCAUUCGGUUGCUAAAGAAGCUGAUUAUGUGGCUAUCUGUAAAGCUGCAUGUGAACGUGGCCUUUCUGUUCUGGGAUCCAAUGUGCCGGCCCUUGAUGCUGUUGUGGCGGUUAUGAUGUGCCUGGAAAAUGCGACAUGCACGAAUGCUGGUACCGGGUCCAACCUGACCUUGUAUGGCACAGUGGAAUGUGAUGCUUCAGUCAUGGAUGGACGGACCACGGCUUUUGGGGCGGUCGGAGCUGUCCCUGGUAUAAAAAACCCUGUUUGCCUUGCUAAAAGGCUGAUUGAGGUUCAGGCUGAAGGUUUAUCCUUAGGUAGAAUUCCUCCAAGCCUUCUUGUGGGACAAGGUGCCCUGGACUGGGCUAUCCAACAAGGAUUUUCGAGUGUUGCUGGCAGCGAAUUGGUUACUGAAUCUUCCGACAAGACUUAUCGAAAGUACAAAAAGAGAUUGUUACGACUACAUUUCGAUCAGGAAUCUAGAAAGGCGUGCAAGUCUAUAAAAGCUCCAUCUUCUUGGCAAGAAGAUACGACUCAAACAUUUGAUAACGAUAUUUUCUGUAAUAGCAGUCGUCAUGUUGCAGUGGAUGAAGCAGGAAAUCCGAAAAGACAAAAAGUGAACUCGCUUCUUUCCGAAGAUGAUGAUGUAUCUUUUGGGCCUCUUCAAGCUACCCCGUCUGUUAAUCCGCAGGAAAAGUUAUUACCCAACCAUUUAUUAAGUGAAAAUUUCCUUUCAGAUCGACCAAUUGACUGCUCAACAACUGACGACUCCAACACCGACAGAGGCAAUUUUUCUCUAGAAGCAAAUUUAUCCAAACAUUUGGACACAGUCGGGGCCAUGUGUGUUGAUUCUCAUGGUAACAUCGCUUGUGCUGUAUCGAGUGGGGGCAUCGCCCUGAAGCAACCGGGUCGCCUUGGAUCGGCCGCUUCCUUCGGAGCCGGGUGUUGGGCCUUAAACCAAAAUGUGAACACUCCUGGAAUUGGUGUUGUCACUUCGGGUACCGGCGAACACUUGAUACGAACUAAUUUUGCCAAGGAGUUCGCUGAUUCUCAAGUUUCAAGUGAAUUUGCCUACAAACAAUGCAUGUUGCCUUUCCCCUUGCUUCACUCUUCAUAUGGUCUUCUUCCAUUCUCACGUUGCCUUCUUUCCUUCUUCUCUCUUCAUCUUAUUUUCUUUAUAUUCUCAUGUUGCCUUCCUUCCUCUCUCUUGAAGCUGCCUUCCUUCCAUUCUCAUGUUGCCUUUCUUUCUCUCUCACCAUGUUGCCUUCUCCCCACUCUCUUCAAACUGCCUUUCUUUGAUUCUCAUGUUACCUUUCUUCCUUCCUCCCUCUUCAUCUUGCCUUCCUUUAACUCUCUUCGUAUUACAGUCAAGGAUGCACGCAAAUCUAUGAACCAUAAUCCAAAUGACCUGAACAAAAGAUACGAAGCUAUUCCUAUUUUGAAAGAAGCUUCCAAGUUUCUCGGAGAAUACAAAAAUAAGAUGACAAAAGCAAGGCUUGGAGUCCGAGAAGCAAACCAAAUACGAGAGUUAGAAGAAUGGGCCAUGUUGAAUGUAAACAACAUAGAAAGGAUGUUGGAACCUUACCUCGUGGCAGCUUAUAAUCGGACCCGAAGUUUUUCUGAUGAUGUUGGCGUCACUGAUCGCUUCACAGGUUUUCGACAAAAUCUGACACGGGGGUCAAAGAAACCUUUUGUCUAUGAGCCGAGUUGGUUGAGGGACAAAGUCCUUAAAACAACCCCAAAAGACCCUGAUUCUGUCUUGUUUGGCUAUCACCCUGAACGUCUUGGCAACCAGUUGAUGCUUCCUCCAAUUACACACAAUGUUAACAUUUCAUCAGCACAUGGAGUACCAGCUUUUCGGCACUAUGACAUUGCUUCUGAAGAAGAAGGAGGAUCAUGCAUUUAUGGUGGCCCAAUUGAAAAGCUCAAUGCAACAGUGGAGAAAAAAACUGGAAUUUUAGGCACAAACCUCAGAAUUGGUGGCAUUUUACCCCCUGAAAGAGUCACUAGAGGUUAUUUGACAAUUGAUAGUUUAUACCCAGGCAAUACAGCUGAAUACAAUGAAAAUAUUCCUUGCAAAAGUCAGUUGAUGAAUUUGGCAUUAGACAAAAGUAGAGAUACAAAGCAAUUGCAGGAAAGACCAGAAUCCGUUUCCUUCAAUAAACCCCAGGAUCUGGAAACAAUCCAGAAAUCAGUAGGUCUGGAUCCAAAUCCUAAUUUUUCUACUGAAUACAAAUCCAAUUACAAAAAGCCUUUUGAUGAUUUCCCUGGAGGAAACUUUGUGAUCAAUCCUUCUCCCAAUCUCUACUUGAAUGGACGCUCAUAUUUGCCAACAGAAUCCAUAGAACUUACGACAGAAUAUCAGACAAGAUUCAACUGGCCAGACAAACACAAUAUGUACCGUCUACCAUGGUUAAAUUAUAGUUGUUAA